AUGUCCUUGCAAAGGCCGUGUUUGCACAUUUCAUGGCAAGUUAUUAACACCACCGAGAGUUACAAUAACCGGCUCCAGUCUAAUAAAACCUCUCAGGUGUCCAACGCUGCGAACUACACUGUCGAAGACUGGGAAGAUGACAUACAAAAGGCCCAGGAUGCUCACAUGACAGCUUUUGCGCUGAACAUGGCGUACAAGGAAGGCAUUGACAGUGUCUCGAUCGCCAGGGCCUUUGUGGCGGCCGAGAGGAAAGACUUUGAACUGUUCUUUUCUUUUGACUACGCCGGCAGAGGACCCUGGGAGAAGGCACUGGUCAUGUCUACCAUUGGAGCCUACAUGGACAGAAGCUCUUACUACCAUUAUAGUGGCCGCCCCUUCGUCUCAACGUUUGAAGGUUGGGAGAAUGCGGACGACUGGCACGAUAUUAAAGAGGUUACCGGCUGCUUCUUGGUCCCGGACUGGUCCUCGCUGGGCGCCAAGGCAGCCAUUGAAAUAUCCGACGGUGUGGCGGAUGGGUUGUUCAGUUGGGCGGCCUGGCCGUGGGGCCCCCAAGAUAUGGACACUUAUAUCGACGCUUCCUACCUCCAGUACCUGAACGGGAAACCGUACAUGAUGCCAGUGUCGCCGUGGUUCUACACCAAUCUACCUCGGUGGGAAAAGAACUGGCUAUGGCGGGGCGACAAUCUGUGGUUUGACCGGUGGCAAGAGGUCCUGUACGUGCAACCGGAAUGGGUGCAAAUCAUAAGUUGGAACGACUAUGGCGAGUCGCAUUACAUCGGACCCAUACGGAACGAUGCCCUGGGUGCCCUGUCGAGCGCACCCUUUGACUUCGUAACCGGUAUGCCGCACGAUUCAUGGCGCGCUUUCCUUCCGUUCUCGAUCGACAUGUACGUCAAGAAUACGACAGAGAUUACCAAGGAGGGGAUUACCUUCUGGUAUCGGCCUAAUCCCGCGUCCGCCUGUGGUAGCGGGCAGACAACCGGCAACACUGCUUCUCAGCUGCAGCUGGAGUUCCCGCCGGCACAGGUCAUGGGCGAUGCCGUCUUCUAUACGGCAUUGCUCGGCUCCGACGCAACCGUUACUGUGAAUAUCGGGGGUCGGGCCACCACCGGGAAGUGGAGGGACACACCUGACGGAGGCGCCGGCCUUUACCACGGAAAUGUCCCUUUUAACGACCGUACCGGACCAGUGACAGUCUCGCUUUCCCGUGGAGGUACUGUCUUUGCAACGUCAUCCGGGGAGUCCAUCACCUCCAGCUGCACGCUGGUGAAUUGGAACGCCUGGGUCGGUCACGCCUUGUCGGAAGGCAGUAUCUCUACGAAGCCCUCUACCGAUAACAAAGUGUGCAUCCGCGGCACGGGCGCCGGAGACUUCGCCGGACUUUGUUCGUAUGCCUGUUCACUCGGGUACUGCCCUAUCGGCGCCUGUCUCUGCCAGGCUAUGGGCAUACAGAAAACGAAACCACCGUACACCGGCGUUGUGGGAUACCCAGCCCCUGGUAAAAGCGCAAAUUACUGGGGCUUGUGCUCCUUUAACUGCAACCUCGGAUAUUGCCCACCCUCCGCCUGUGGCACAGUGGAGGUUCCCUUGGUUGUCGAGACGGUCUCCCCUUUCCUCCCACCGACUUGUACUAAAGGACACGGUUCGGCAGGUGGCCCUUUCGAAGGGUUGUGCUCCUACGGGUGCAACUUUGGUUACUGCCCGUCAAAUAUUUGCACUUGCGACCUAACCGGAGCUCUCAACGCUCCACCGCCAGUGAUUAGGGACACGGUGGGCUUUCCCGUAGAUUCGGCGCCCAAUGACUACGGGCUGUGCGAUUUCGCCUGCCCAAGGGGUUACUGCCCU